GAAGUAUUUACAACAGGAAGUUGUCUAACUGGCUAACUAGCAGGCUAACUGAGCAGAGUGUUGAAAGCUGAACAGAAGAGUAACGUGUGAGCUGAGUUUCUCUGUGUCUGCGGGAUUUUCACAGGAGUCAUGAGUCUGCAGUGGACGGCGGUGGCCACCUUCUUGUAUGUUGAGGUCUUCUUUGUUCUGCUGCUCUGCAUCCCCUUCAUCUCACCCAAGCGGUGGAAUAAGAUCUUCAAGUCUCGGAUCAUCCAGACCAUCGCUCUCUAUGGAAACACGUCCUUCAUGGUGGCCAUCGCCAUCCUCGUCUUCCUGCUCAUCGAUGCUUUCCGUGAGGUGAGGAAGUAAAGCGUGACGGAGAAAGUAGAUCUGACCAACAACCCGACGGCCAUCGAACACAUCCACAUGAAACUGUUCAGAGCUCAGAGGAACGAGUACAUCGCCGGCUUCGCCCUGCUGCUCUGCCUGUUGCUGCGUCGUCUUGCCACGCUGCUCUCCCAGCAGGCCUCACUCAUGGCCUCCAACGAAGCCUUCAAGAAGCAGGCGGAGGGCGCCAGCAACGCCGCCAAGAAAUACAUGGACGAAAACGAGCUGCUGCAAGAGAAACUCCGUGAUGCUGGGGUCGACGUGCCGGAGGCCGGGAAGAAGGGAGCGGGGCCGCUGGAGGAGAACAAGAAUCUGAAGGAGGAAGUGAAGACCCUGAAGGUGGAGCUGGACACCACCAAGAAAGCUCUGCAGAAGUCGGACAGCGACGUUCGUGCGAUGAAGAAACAGGCGGAGAAUCUGACGGUGGAGUACGACCGACUGCUGGACGAACACAGCAAACUGCUGGCAACCAGCGACAAGAAAUCAGACUAAAAAGAACGAAGACGAUUUCCAGCUUCUCUCAUCUUCAUCCUCGACCGACAGUCUGCAGCUCCUGCGUCAGAGAUGUGAUGUCAUUUCCUGUUUGGACUACCUGACGACGGCGGGCUGUGAUUGGUUUAUUUCAUGUGGCAUAUAUAUAUAUAUAUAUAUAUAUAUAUAUAUAUAUAUAUAUAUAUAUAUAUAUAUAUAUAUAUAUAUA